AUUUCCCACAAACUCACUCUGAGAAUUUUUUCAUACAAACUAAUUAUCAAUGGCGGCAAGCGCACUGUACAGUGGAACUGUGUUUGUUCCUCCUCUCUACCAUAAAACCCCUAAACAUGUUCGCUCUAUCUGCUUCAAUCCUUCUAUUAGCCUCCCUAGGUCAAGAUUUUGUGCAAUAGUGGCAGCACCGUCGCUUUCUCGUCGGGUGUUUAGAGUACAUGGGUUGAUGGAUGAUGAAUCUGGGACUGCCCCAAAACCAGAAUCACCAAAUUCUGAAGCGGAAGAGAAACCUUAGAUUACAAUCAUUUUGAGAGAAAGGGAGCAUUAUUAUAUGCACUGUGAACUAGAAAUUAUUGUAAGUAUCACUUUUAAAAUGCUUAUCGUAAAAUCAGCAAACUCACUACUUACAUGCAUGUAAUUGGAGGAUAGUGUAAAAGCUUUUGCAAUGUAAGUACAUAACAGUUUUUUUUUUUUUUCUACUGUAAAUCAACAACGAAUUUAAUAUAA